CGAUUUCUUUCGUGAUAUUUUUUUUGGGUUAGAGAAUCAUUCGUAAGAGCGUUUGGUUUUGAUUUUGUUGGAAGGUUGAUUGAGGAAAAUAAAGAUAAAAAUAAAAAUUUCCCUUUACAUUGAUUUUAUGCUUCUUCAUCAACCUUCUCAACAGUCCCACAACUCUCAAUUUUUCUUCUUAAUUUUUUUUCCCUAAAACGUUCCUACGUAUAUUUCUUGUCCUGUUAUUAUUUUUGGAGCUUAAAAAUCUGAUCAUCAUCAUCAUCGUCGAACCACCUCAUGGCCACCACUGCAAACAAGACCAUCAAUGCUAAAAUAGUUCUACUUGGGGAUGUUGGAACUGGAAAAUCUAGUCUUGUGUUGCGCUUCGUUAGGGGCCAAUUUGUCGAGUUUCAGGAAUCAACUAUUGGUGCUGCAUUUUUCUCCCAGACGUUGGCAGUGGAUGAUGCAACCGUAAAGUUUGAGAUUUGGGAUACGGCCGGUCAAGAGCGGUACCAUAGCUUGGCACCAAUGUAUUACAGAGGAGCUGCGGCUGCAAUUAUUGUUUACGAUAUAACAAAUCUCGCAUCAUUUGAGAGAGCUAAAAGAUGGAUUGAAGAACUUCAAGCACAAGGCAAUUCUGAUAUGGUAAUGGCACUUGCUGGGAACAAAGCAGAUUUACUGGAUGCAAAGAAUGUGGAAACCGAGGAAGCAAGAACUUAUGCUCAAGAGAACGGCCUUUUCUUCGUGGAAACUUCCGCCAAGACUUCGUACAACGUUAACAACAUUUUCUACGAAAUAGUGAAAAGGAUACCUCGAGUGCAGCUGUCACAAAAUCCGGCCGGAAUGGUUCUCAUGGAUAGAUCUGCAGAGCAAACAACAAGGGCAUCUUGUUGCUCGUAUUAGGCGAUGAUUAUCUACGCUACCCAAAGUCAAGAUCGAGUAUCAUAUAUGAAUAUGCGUUCAACAAGGGUAUGUUUAAUUUUUAAAACUUUUAUUUUCUUCCAUAUAUUAAAGGCUUGUACUUCAUACUCCAGUUUAAAUAUAUGUGGGACACAAGUAUUUUAGAGAAAAUGAAAA